AAGGAAGCAUCACAAUCAUUUAUCAAAUAAGUAACCAUUCAAAAGAAAAGCGAUGGCAGAUUCUCCUUUUCUAAACCUUGUUUUACUCUUUGUGACCGUGGCCUCCAUAUUUUCCACAUUUGCUGAGGCCAAUAGGGGAUUUGGAUGGGGUUGGGGUGGAGGCUCAAACUAUUCAAGCAGUUCAGGUUCAAGCCCUGGCUCAGGCUGGGGUUGGGGCUCUAGCCGGAACGGCUCGGGAUGGAUUUGGGGUGCGGGCACCAACCAUUCAAGUGGUUCAAGGUCAAUCCCCGGGUCAGGAUGGAGUUGGGGUUGGGGGAUGGGCUCCAACCAUUCAAGUGGUUCAGGUUCAAGCCCGUGGUCGGGAUGGGGUCCUAACAACGGACAAAACACAGGAUCCGGCGGCUCCGGCUCUGGUUGGGGUUGGGGUCCUAAAAACACAAACAACUCGGGAUCUGGCAGCUCCGGUUCUGGCUGGGGCUGGGGAAGUCACUCAAAAGGUUAUAACGCAACCUACAAUGCACCUAGAAAGUUCAUAGUCGGUGGAGACAAAGAGUGGACAUAUGGUUUCAAUUACUCCGACUGGGCUUCUAAGACUGCCCCCUUCUUUCUCAAUGACAUACUUGUGUUCAAAUACAACCCACCAGCACCGUUCACGCACAGCGUUUACUUGUUUUCUAACCCAUUGAGUUACGAAAAGUGCGAUGUGAAGAAAGGAAAGAUGAUCGCAUCACCGAAGCAAGGUGCUGGGAAUGGUUUUGAGCUUGUUCUUACAAAAAUGAAGCCUUACUACAUAUCGUGCGGCGAGCAUGACGGUGCUCACUGCAGCAAUGGAACCAUGAAGUUUACCGUUAUGCCUAUCCUCGCCCGUUGGUAAUUUGUUCGGUACUAAAAGCUAACUCCGACGUCAAAAGUAUCAGACAUUAGGUUUCAUUUUGUUGUUGUGUCGUCAAUAAAACAUAUUACCAAUUUACUAUUAUCCACAUUUUGUUGGGAUUUGUUUGUGGUUUUGCGUUGUCUUUUUAUUUAUGAGAUCACCCUUGUUUAUGUAUGCUACCAUAUUUUCAUGGUAAAAGUUAAUGGCAAGAUUUAGUAUUUUUCUUAAAAAAUGACCAAAGAUUAAGCGAACCAGAUAAUGCGUUAAAGAAUUGAAUAUGAGAGAUUCUACUGUAAACUCAAAGCGUUGAUAAAGUUUUUUUUUUUUUUUUUGCUAAAAAGCGUUGAUUAAGUUUCUAGCUUUCUUAUAAGUAUAUUAGUUGCUUGAAGUUGAACUGGUAGAGAAGAUUGUUAAUCUAUAUAAUCUAAUCUCUCCUUGAUACAUUUACAUAAGUUAGUUAUCUAUGUUAUUACACAAAGAGUUGUAACUCUUCAAGUUGUGUCCUUUAGUAUAUAGAGUUGUGUCUCUUAUACUUGUAUUGAUUCGAUCUCUAUAUAAAGAUCAAUCAUCUGUUGUAAACAUUAUUACCGAAUCUCAAUAAUACAAAAGUAUUUUCAGAAAA